AUGCCAGGUGCGGGCAGCGGCCGCAGCCCGGGCCAUGGCGGGGUCCGGCGAGGCUUUGGCACUCCACGUCCUGCUCUGCUGCCUGUGCGCAGGUGUCGCGAACAUCAAGUGCUCGGGGCACGUCUGGAUCGAGCCCGCGCCGGUGGUGCGGAUGGGCUCCGACGUCUCCAUCAACUGCCUCUCCACCCUCGGCUGCCCCUGGGCCAAGUUCCUCAUCCUCCUCAACUACAGCCUCGCCGAGGGUCCCCUCCGUCCCCUCAACAGCAGCACCGUCCGGCUCCAGCUGCGCGAUUUCCGAACGCCCUUCAGGACCGUCACCUGCUUAGCCCGCUGCUCCGACAACGAAAGGCAGCGGCUGGUGUGCGGCACCCACGUCCUGGCCGGCUACCCUCCGGACCCCCCCAGCAACCUGACCUGCACCAUCCGUGAGCACUCGGGGUGCCUGGCGUGCACGUGGGACGCGGGACGGCCGACCCACCUGAGCACCCGCUACACCCUCCACCUGCGCAGUGUGGGGACGGCGGUGGCGGAGGAUGCUGAGGAGGAGGAUGAUGAGGAGGAGGUCUUCCCCGCGGGCUUGCCGGUGCCGCUGAGCGCGCUGCGUGGCGGGAGCCGCUACUCGGCGUGGGUGCAGGCCAGCAACGCGCUGGGUGCUGCCCGCUCGCCGCCUCGGCACCUCGACCUGCAGGAGCUCGUGGUUCCCGCUCUACCCCUGGUCGCCGGCGCCGAGACGACGGAGACGUCGCCUCCCACCACCACCAUCCGCUGGAAGAGGCAGACGCUGCUGGAGAACGUGCGCUGCGAGGAGCGACACAAAGCCACGGGUGCCCUGGCGUGGCAUGUGGAGGCGUGGGACGGCACGGCGCAGCACGACCUGCAGAGUAACACCCAGUACGCGUUUCAGGUCCGGUGCCGGCUCAGCCCCGCCGACAGCCCCUGGAGCGCCUGGAGCACCCCUUUUCUCUACACCACCCCCGAGGCAGCCCCCGCCGCGGCACCCGACGUCUGGCGGCGGCUGGGCCCGGCGUUCUCGAACGGCAGCCGCGAGGUGACGGUCUUGAUCAAGCCCCUGCCGCCCCGGGAUGCCCGCGGGAGGAUCCUGGGCUACACCGUGACCGCCGAGAGCCCCCGGGGAGCGAUGGUCCUCUGCAACACUUCCAGCACGGCGUGCAGCGUCCUGGUCCCCCCGGGAGCCCGUGCCCUCCAAAUCACCGCUCACAACUCCAGGGGGGCUUCCAGCCCCGCCAGCAUCACCCUCGGCCGAGAAGCCCCCUUUCCAUCUCUCUCCGCAGAGUUCCCGGCACCGGUGGCUGUGGAGGUGAAGCCCGAGAACCGGAGCAGGAUCUCGGUGGCCUGGCAGCCCCCCCGCCGCAGCGGGAGGUCCCCGCUCUGGUUCAUAGUGGAGUGGGUUUCCACCGCCCAGUAUAACCAGGAGGAGCAAUAUUUUUGGAAGAAAGUCCCAUGCCAGGAAACACACACGUACAUCCAAGAAGAGGCAGUACCAGGAGGUCGCAUCAACGUGUCGGUAUAUGCGGUCUACCCCGACGGAGUCAGCAAACCCAGCUCCGGCCAAGUCCCUUCAGAGGACCAGCUCCUGGGCAGCACCUACAGCGAGACCUCCCAUGAUGAUGACAUUGGAGUUUUCCUGGGACUGGGCGUCAGCGUGGUCAUAUUGUCAGCUGUUCUGUUAAUUCUGAUGUUUAAAAAAUCAGCCAGAAAAAGAAUUAGCACCAUCGUUGUGUCGCUUUUGCCAAAAUGGCUGUUUGAAGACUUUCCCCACAUGGAAAACAGCAACGUGGUAAAGUCACUCCAGGAAAAGAGUGAUUUCACGAGUAGCAGCUUCCAUGAGCCGUUCUUGGACACCAGUGACCCCACAGUUAUGGAAAUCGAGGAGGUGCCAGCGCACAAGGAGUACAAGAACGUGGCCACCAGAAGGAAGCCCAGCAGAGAGGUCCCCGCGGACGGGGAGCGCCCGGGGAGCAAGGUGCCUGCCAGCAUCACGACCCCCGAGCAGAUCACUGACUACAAACCUCAGGUGUCCGACGGGAACCCGCUGGGGUACGUAGCCGCCAAUAUUUACCAAACGCAGCCCCCCGCACCCCUCCCAGAACCGGAGACGAACGUCUUCUUCAGAGACUACACGAGCCCCGUUCCCCAACUCUGGGACGGGGAGGGAGGGGGACACCCCAUCUGUCUGCUGGAGAAGAUCAACCUCAUCUUAAACAACAGCCGGAGCGGGCAAAGCCACGCGUUCGGCUCAGCCCCGGGGGGACACGGCUCCCUCCCGGAGAACCAGUGGGCACACGCGCUGGCCAGCGAUGUUCAAGAGCAAACGCUGGUCCCCGACGAGCUGGUCUCUUGCCUGAGAGCCAUGAACGGGGAGUCGGUGGAUAUAAAGACCUGCUUUCCGCAAAGCAUCGGGAGAUUAUUUUGAGAGAAAUUUGUAGUUGUGAUCGGAAAAAACCCAAAGCGGUGACCAUGGCACGUAUCAACCUUUGAGACUGCAACCAGCAGAACUGGAGUAAAACUCCAAGUCUGAAAUUUGCCCUCUUAAUCGACUACAAGUUCUUGUGGCUGCCUGGAAUGCCUUGGCCAGUAAAUCACAAUUUUAAACUUACCUCAUGUUGUCACAAGCAUAAAACCCAUAAAACUUGGAUUCCCGUAAGAACUGAAAUACAGAGCAGGGGAUUUUUUGCAGGAUGCAAUAUGCUUCAAUUAUUAUUCAAAAUCAUUCUCUUGCUAAAUGUUUGGAGCAUUUCCUCCCUGGAGCUGACUGCAGUUAGGAUGGAUAAAACGAUCCCUUAGACAUCCUGACAGAAGCGUGUAACGUAUCUUGGGAUGACUCUUAAUGCAGAGACACUACACCGAGGAGGAUUUAUAUAUCAUACAGCAUACAUGGAUACCAAGAAAACAAACUCAUUUCUGUAUGACAGAAUAACCCAAUUUCAUAUGCUUUCCCAUUCAAUAAUAAAAACCACAUCAGGUAAGAACAAGCCUUCAUCGUCUGCCAGGCUGAUAUAAAAUCUCUUUAAAUUGGUCACUGGACAGAUUCUUCACUUUGGGUGAGGGAUUUAUCAUCUCACAGCAGCUUGUCAGCGCCUCAGCCUUGCUGUGUAAAGUGCAAUGUGGCACAGCGAAAUGGCAUUUAUUAGGCACGUGACGGGGAAUUUGGAUCUUCUGACCUCCAGAAAAUGAAAUACAGGAGUCUCCUUCCUGCUGAGCACCUGCGAUAUCAUUCCAAAGUUUGCCUAGGACUUCAGAGGUUGUCUUGCAAAAACGCUUCUAAAGCAACCAGAAACUCCCUGGAAAUGCGAGAGGUUGGAUUACAAAUCUGUUCACUGAUCACCCACACCUUUUUAAGGAAACGCUCCAAAUGCUUUUAAGGAAUACAAGCAUAAAAGAAGUUUGCGAUCCUCUGUAAAGUGCCUCAGCGCUCGCUGCUCUCCGCGAGGCUUGCUCUGCCGGUCCUUUUCUCCUACCUCUUAGUUCCCAGCAGAGACUGGUUUCGGUCUGGAGCCGCAGCCGGCGGAGGUGACGCUGCCUGCGGCUGGGGAAGGGUGCUGGUGCCACAGCCGCACACUC